AUAGACUACUGGCACCGGACUACUAGUAUUUGGUGGCCAUUUCCCCCGUCCUCCCGGCUCCGGUCUCUCCAAUACCAAAAGGAACAAGACAUUCACGUAACUCUUUAAUCUUCUUUACUCGCCAAACUCCACGUAGACACCACAAGCAAACACCAAGGAAACCGAAUUUUCCCACAACUCAUUCCAUUGCUAAUCUGAGAAAAAAGAAAAGAAAAAGAGCCAGAACCAUUAUUGAAAAAGGUAUAGAUGGCAGCUGCGGCGGCUAAGGGAGUAUCCCUCAAUCAUGUCUCUAGGGAAUCCUCAGAUAUCCAACGCUUGGCUCAAUUCUAUAUAGAGGUAUUUGGUUUUCAGCGGGUAGAAAGUCCAAGGUUUGAGUUCGAUGUAAUAUGGUUGAAGUUGGAACCAUCCUUUUACCUUCAUCUAAUUGAGAGGGACCCUACCACAAAGCUCCCUGAAGGUCCAUGGAGUUCCACCUCUGCAGUGGCUGACCCCAAGAAUCUCCCCAGGGGUCAUCAUAUCUGCUUCUCUGUCUCCAAUUUCGACUCCUUUGUUCAGGCCGUCAAGGAGAAGGGGAUCCAGAUUCAUCACAGGACUCAACCAGAUGGGAAGACCAAACAAGCAUUCUUCUUUGAUCCAGAUGGUAAUGGGUUAGAGGUUGCUGGGCGAAGCGAAGAAUGAUGGACCAAAUGCUUCCCUUUGAGGCAUGGCUACAUAAUAAUGCAGCAUGUACAAAACUUGGAAUACUCAUGGUUUGAAGUUGAAGCUUAGAUUGUUAGUCCUAGGUCUUAUCUUAUCUUUCUGGCCUUGCUAGAUAGAUAGAUAUUGCAACAUGAGGAUAUAUCUAUGAAUUCGAUAGGACGAUGUCAUCCAAAAGGGCAAACAGUUGUAGUAUGUGCUUUGGCUUCUGUGUUUUCAUCAGUUGAUGAUGCACUACUUUCUUGGUGAAAUAUCUAUCCACAAAUGCCCUGUGAGAAUUAUAUGUAAUGGAAUAACCAUCCAGUUGUAGUCGAUACAGGCAGAACGCUGAUAUUAUAUUUAGAAUGCUAUUACAUUGGUUUUUCAGGAAUAUUA